AUGCUACAAAUCUUCGUGCCCGCCACACUUGUCGUUUUCAUCAGUUGGGUCUCGUUUUGGAUCAAUCCAGACUCGGCACCGUCGCGUACCGUGAUCGGAACAAUGACCAUCCUCUCAGAGACGCACCUUCUUACUGGUACGAACAGAAGGCUGCCUCCUGUGUCCUAUAUAAAGAGUAUUGUUCUAUCUUAUGCACUGGUUUCCCUAGCUGAACUCUCAGCAAACUGGUCUCAUAGCCUUUUGAUAGAACCCGUUAUGCAGUCAAAUUUGCACGGUCCAUAUUACGUAGGCCAUCUGAAAACUAAACUUGGAAUAGUCGACUUGGACGAGUAG